AUGGAAGGUUUGGAAAGAUUAACGACAAAAAUCGAUGUGUUAUACGCCAGAGUUGAUAAUUUAUUGAAGGAAAGGAGAUGUGAAUAUGUGGAUGCUGCUGUUGAUACAUCUAAUCAGUUUUACGAUGAUAAUCAGAGCAAUAUUAAGCAAGAAGUCUUACAAGAGGUUUUCGUUAAGGAUGAGGUAUCUGAUUGCGGAACUGAAGAAAAAGAAAUAGCAUCUCCAUCAGUUUUCGAUAUAGAUUCAACCGCACUUAAUAUUGAAGGGGAAGUAAAUGCAAAUGAUACAGAUAGUGCAGUGAUAAGUGGUAGUCGAAAAAGAAAACCGAAUCGUUGUGCUAUACAUAAACUGCAGAAGGAAUCAUGCAUGGAAGAAAAACCAAAUUCUCAGUUAUCAGCUAAUUCGCCCUCAUUAUCAGUUAUGGAUCGAGUAGCAAAUUUAGACGCAUUUCAGUAUCAGACAACAUUGUUUGAUCCAUAUACGUUCGCUGCGAAUCUUAUAUCCGUUAGUAGUGCGAAUUCACAAAAUCAGAAUUUUUUAUCGUUGCUUUAUAAUCAGAAUGGUAUUCUUCAACAACAGCAACAACAGCAACAGCAACAACAACAACAACAACAACAACAGCAACAGCAACAUCAGCAGCAACCUCAACCUUCAUCAACACCAAAUAGUACCGACGAUAAUAUCAAUGAAUUAUCACAAGACGGUGAAGAAGAUGUUAAUGGUGAAAAACCGUUGGUUGCUUUUUGUACGAAUUGUUUUACGACAAAAACGACAGCAUGGAGGCGAAAUCAAACUGGUAAACUUGUAUGUAAUGCUUGUGGAUUAUAUUAUCGUUUACAUAGGACGAAUCGUCCAGUACAUAUGCGUAAAGAUGUUAUACAACAACGUUUUCGUCGUCGUAUUAAAGACGAUAGCGAUGGUAAUAAUAUUACAACAAAUACGCAAAAUUUUAUUUCAUCAAUUAUGCAAUUUCCAUCGUCAACAUUUUCAUUAUUUGAUAAUACAAAUAGUGCAUUACAAGCAAGAAAUCAAACUGCAUCUUUAUAA